AUGUCGACACCUUAUACGUCUUUGAAUCGAUACAGAAAAGUUCCGGUAGGGAAAAGUCCGAAUAUUUCGUUAAACGACAUUCCACUUGAUGAAAACGCGACACCAGCCACUCAAACAGCAAGAUCAAAUAAUUACCGAUAUUCUAAUGAAGAUGCUCAGUUAAUAGACGAAGUCACUUCACGUAUGGCUUUGGAUAACAUGAAAAGUCAUAGAUCGACAAACGAGUCACGAAUUCGAGCUCCAACUGACUUGGAUCUUCUCCAAUUGACCAUGAAUCGCAUGCAGAAAGCAGAGUCAGAUGUUCGAUAUUUAACCAGCGAAGUCAAAGAUAAAACUCAGCGUAUUGCUGUACUAGAAGAGAAGAAUCGACUUUACGAAAAAGCAUUACAAAAUCAAUCGAACGAAUCGUAUAAGAUUGAAAUUCUCGAGAAAAAAUGUGCACGUUUGCAAUCCAUUAUCGAUCGCAUGGAAGAUUUACUCAUUGAACGUGGUCUCGAAGUUGUCGGCGAAUUAAACGAGCCGGAUAAUGUAAAUAUUCUCACUUUCGAUGAAGCUGAUCGUAUUGAACAACAGCAACAACAACAACAGACAAUUACAUCAUCGGCAGCAUCAACCUGGCGGCCGGAGGAAUCAGUGCCAUCGAUAAUGCCGAUUAAUUACAGCUCUCUUCUAGAAAAUAUUCGUGAAUUGAAUAUCUUAGCUGGAGAAAGUGAAAUGCAUUUCGAACCACAUAAUUCUAACUGUCAACGACAUAUCUCAACCUUGAAACGUACAGAGCCAAUUCAGUUAACACUUUACGCGAAUGGUAUUUUCCUAUUCAACGGACCUUUUCGACCAUUUACUGAUCCAUCUACUCAGCAAUUUCUUCGCGAUAUACUCGAUGGAUUCUUCCCAUCAGAACUACAAAAACGAUUUCCAAAUGGAGUACCUUUUCAUGUAUCGGAUAGACGAGAGGUCUACUUCACGGAUGAUCGUAAACAGAAAGCCUUUCAUGGCGAAGGUUAUGUCCUGCAUGAUAGUCGUGUUGUACAUAGUAAUCAAACGACAGAUCAUUUACCGCCGAUCCCACACGGUGCAAAGACAGAAUCGAAUGAUCAACGGCCGAAAGUUCAUGUGCAACAAUUUCUAAAUCGUCUUCCGAAGACUGUAAUUAAAAACGGUCAAGUGAUUGAUAUUCGUCAAAACAUCGAGCAACAGUUAACAGGCAAACAGGAAUCAACAAUCCGAUGUGAAAGUGCGAUCAGCGAACACAAACACGGGGCUGAUGAUCAUAUUUCCGUCAGUACACUUCGUAUUCGUUCUCACGAUGGUCAACAAACUUAUGUCAUUAAAAUGAAAGUGACAAGUACAAUCAAAGAUGUUAAACAAGUCAUUGCAAAAAAGAAAAAACUUACAUUUGAUUUCGAUUUAUUUGCUAUGGGAACAAAACUUUUCUUCACAGAUGAAAACGCAACUCUUGAACAAUGUGAUUUAGUACCGAAUGCAACAUUAGGUAUUCGAGAGAUCAAACAGAAUCUUGUUAAAAAUAAAGUUUGA